AUGUCCGCACAGAGACGUGCUGAGCGACGGGUUCCGGUUGACCGAGGACGGCAGACUUUACGCCUUACCCACGAACACCACAUCGUGCCGCACACGGAAUACUGCUUGGGGUAUUCACCGGUCACCGACGGCGUAGUGGCGUUCAUAUGCGACGCCGACUUCGUGUAUAUGGCCGAACGCGUGCGUGACACGUCGCUUCCCUCAUCGUUCUACCGCGGAAGUUACGUGGCGUCCGCCGUGUGCCUGGCGCUCACGCUGCUCGCGUACAACGCACUGCCCGGCCUCCGGAACGGCCGCGACUACUACGUCAAGUGCUACACGAGCCACCAGUUCGUGUCGUACAUCUUCGUAAUAUUGCUCAAAUGA